AAGGAAAGCCGGAGCCACAGCAGCGUCAGGCAGUGUGAGUGUUUUCGCUGUACCUGACAACAACCGUGAUUAAUAACACAUUCCUCUGCUCUUUCGACUGUGUUGUAUUCUUCUGUUUGGACUUAGACACAGACAACAUGCUGAUAACCGAAUUCCGAAUUGUCCUGCCCAUUUCAGUGGAUGAGUACCAGGUGGGUCAGCUGUAUACAGUAGCUGAGGCCAGUAAGGAUGAGACUGGCGGAGGAGACGGUGUUGAGGUGUUGAUCAACGAGCCGUAUGAGAAAGAUGGCCAGAAGGGACAGUACACUCACAAGAUCUACUACCUGAAUAGCAAAGUGCCAUCCCUAAUUCAGAAACUGGCCCCUAAAGGUUCUCUAGAGGUUCACGAGAAGGCCUGGAACGCAUAUCCUUACUGUCGGACUGGUGAGUCACUAUACAGACACACAUUUUGGUUGUUAAUAGUAAAUAAUUCACCACUGCGUUUCAAAAUGAUUGAGGUAAAAGACAUGAAUGGACUGUAUGUGUCCUAUUCACAGAACGCCUAUUUGGGAAACAAAUUCAGCAUGACGAUCGAGACAUGGCACAAGGCUGAUAUGGGGGAGGAGGAGAAUGUACACGGACUAGACCAAACAACAUGGGAUUCAGUUGUGAUUGCCAAUAUUGACAUCGGAGAAACUCCACAGGGCCUGAAAACAGAGUUUAAUCCAGCCAACUUCACGUCAGAGAAAACGAAGCGAGGACCUUUGACACCAGGCUGGAAGGAAAAACUCGCCCAAGACACUGAAUGUCCACACAUGUGCGCUUACAAGCUCGUCACUCUUGAGGCCAGGGCACCUAUGAUACAGAAGACGGUCGAAAAUAUGAUUAUGAAGGCGGAGAGGAAUUUGUUUGACAAAUUCCACAAACAGCUGUUCUGCACGAUCGACGACUGGGUCAAUCUGACGAUGGAAGACAUACGACAAAAAGAGGAGAACACAAAAAAGGAGCUGGAUGAGAUGAGGGGAAAGGAUGAGGUCAGAGGCAUGACAGUAGACGGCUGAAGAGCAGACCCUGUGGAUUCCUGUUCCUUCCGAAGGCUCGGUCUCGUCACCUUUGACCCUGGACUUAGAAGAACCUCAUAAACGUGAUAAAAAAAAAAAUCUCUUAAUAAAUGUUUCAAUUAAUGAGA